CUUUUCUACCCUAAACUCUUAUCCAUUUCAGUCGUUCUCCUUCUCUGUUCUUCUUUUCCUCCAUUGCGACCCGGUUUUGUUCUUUCUUCCUUUUUUUGUUCUGGUUCUUCUUUCCCUCGCACACAAUUCAAAACUAUGAAAAUGGCCCGUCAUCCUUCAAAAUCAUGGUCUUUGCACUUUUGCCAUUAUUUUCAGUCAGAGUAAUUGUAGAACAUUUUCAUAUCAGGAAACAGAGAAUAUGAUGGAAUCGACCUGUAACGAAAUCUCGAUUCCAUGAGAAACAUGGCAAAAAGGGAAAGAAAAGAAAAGACAGGUGUCAUGUGGGUCAUUUAAUGCCUAGGUAGGUGAGGCCAAAACACGAGGAGGAUUUUGAUGUGAAGAUACAUACAUACAAUGCAACGUUUGCGGAGGCCGAGUGGGUUGCUGAUUCAAUUCAAGGCAUCAAGACUUAUGAGGAGGAAUAAUGGAGCAGUUUCGGGGGCUUUCUCUUCAACCAAUAAUAAGAUUCCCGAGUUUGUCAAGAUAGUAGAAGUCGGUCCCAGGGAUGGGCUGCAGAACGAGAAGCAGGUUAUUCCUACUCAUGUUAAGAUUAAGUUGAUAGAAAUGCUGGUUUCGUCCGGACUCACUGUUGUCGAGGCUACAAGUUUUGUCUCACCCAAAUGGAUUCCACAGCUGGCAGAUGCAAAGGAUGUAAUGAAAGCGAUUCGGAAUAUGGGAGGUGUUAGAUUUCCUGUUUUAACUCCUAAUCUCAAAGGUUUCGAGGCCGCUGUUGCUGCUGGUGCAAAGGAAGUUGCCAUCUUUGCCUCAGCUUCUGAGUCUUUCUCAAAAUCAAAUAUAAAUUGUAGUAUUGAAGACAGUCUCAGACGUUACCGUGAUGUUGCUAUUGCUGCAAGAAAGCUUUGUAUUCCUGUUCGAGGAUAUAUAUCGCGUGUUGUGGGGUGUCCAAUACAAGGAGCCGUACCCCCUUCUCAAGUAGCAUAUGUGGCCAAAGAACUUUUAGAUAUGGGUUGCUUUGACAUUUCUCUUGGCGAUACAAUUGGUGUUGGUACUCCGGGUACCAUUGUUCCAAUGCUUGAAGAGGUGAUUGAUGUAGUCCCCACUGAAAAGCUUGCUGUCCAUUUCCAUGACACUUAUGGCCAAGCUCUUUCAAAUAUACUAGUAUCUCUUCAGAUGGGCAUCAGCACAGUGGAUUCAUCAGUCUCUGGUCUUGGGGGUUGUCCAUAUGCUAAAGGUGCUUCUGGUAAUGUUGCCACCGAGGAUGUUGUGUACAUGCUUAAUGGACUUGGAGUGAAGACCAACGUCGAUCUUCAGAAGCUCAUGUUGGCUGGGGACUUUAUCUGCAAACACUUGGGGCGCUCAUCUUGUUCAAAGACAGCCAUUGCCUUGAAUAAAGUUCAUAGUUCAUGUCUUUAA